GGUCUAAUUCUUGAUGCUCAAGCCGCAAUGGAUUAUUUAAUGGGCCGCAAAGACAUCGACAGUACCAAAAUUAUAAUAUAUGGCCGAUCUCUUGGCGGCGCUGUUGCCAUUGACUUGCUUUCCUUGCAAUAUUUUGCUGACAAGGCUUUUGCAAUGGUUGUGGAAAACACGUUCACAAGUAUACCUCACAUGGCUGACCAACUUAUAGGCGGUCUCAACCGACUCCCAAUAUUUUGUUUUCGAAAUCAGGUAUUGUAUAUAAUUGCUAUACUUGUAUAUAAAGCUACUUCCUUGUAUAUGUGUGCAGUGUACCUAAAGAGCUUCCCCAUUGACAAGUAAAAUCAUCUGGCAUAAGACAAGUAAAAAAAAUAAGUACGGUAGGGUGCACUGGGGCGCAUUGCGGUUCAAUGGGUUAACUAUUAAGUUGCAUUGUGCCAUAAUGUGCCCUACUUUAUCAGUUUACUCUGUCAAACGUCCGAUUAUUUUACUCUGUUUGAUGGGAGGCAUGUUAUUUUUACUUGUAUUAUUUUAUUGUUUUUAUUUAACUUUUCCCUUAUGUGUAUAGAGAACUUACAUUGUUAUUUUUAUGUAUUGUAGUUUGAUUCGUUAAACAAGAUUCGGAGAAUAACAACGCCAUCUUUAUUUUUGUCUGGUUCUAAUGACCAGCUUGUACCACCUACUAUGAUGUAUAAAUUAUACGAGGUAUAAAAGAAACUGUAUUUAAUUACAAGUAACAUGUAAUGUGGGAAUUGACCUAUAGAUCCACAGGCAUUGGUCUCCCAGGGCAGUAGCCCAUAGGAGGUGGUGUAAAAUUUUGGGGCACUAUGUUCAGAUUAUAUAUUCCUAGCUAGAAUCACUUAGUUUCCUACGCAGUCUGUUCGCAGGUCCGAGGUUUUACCUCGGACCUGUGAACAGGCUGCGUAGGAGACUAAGAAUCACUGUGAUGAACACUAGUUUACCCCUGAACAAAUAAAAUUGUCUGGCAUUAAGGUAAAAUGAAGGUAUAGGAUCAUUAGGGUGCAAUGCCACUUGAAAAGUUACCUUGUCUUUCUAGAACUGCUCUGCAGCUGUUAAGAAACUAGAAUCGUUUGAAUGUGGGACUCAUAAUGAUACUUGGCAUUGCAAGGGCUACUUCGAAGCUAUCAGUAGAUUUUUGAUUGAGGUAUGGGAGAGUUGAUUUUUUAUAUUACACUUACAUUACAAUGGAUUGUUGAGAAAUUGAAGGUAAUUUUCUUAAACCAGCGUAGCAAGCAAAAAGCAAGUUUGAGGUGUAUAGGAUCACAUUGGGUCGUUCCAGAAAAGAUCCACACUCACCCCACGGAGGAAAUUUCUGCCGUCCGGAGGGGGAGGGGAGACAAAAUUGUUUCUGAUAAUAGUGAAUGUAUUAGGACAUCCGAAGGGGUAGGGGGGUUAACUUCCAAUUUCCUCUGUGGGGGUGGUAUGGAUGUUUUCUGGAAUGACCCAUUCCCCUGAACCCACAAACUUCACUGAAAUACAUGAUUUUUGUGAAUUAUAUGAACUCUUUGAGAUUGUAUUCAUUUACUUAAAACAUGCAACAAUUUAUGGUGAAAAUAUUCUUGCAACUGUUUUUGUAGCCAUAGGUGUUUAUAUAAAGUUAACCAUUGCGAGGCUCAAUAUUGCGUUGUGAAAUUAAAUGCAGAUUUGCAGUGGCAUAUGGACGUAUUCACAAGGCAACAUUGGCCUCACAUGGUUUAAAUAAUAAACACCUAUAGCUAGAAAAACAUGCUAGAAUAUUUUCACAGUAGCACAAUGAAUUUUUAUUGAGUUUUAAAGCAUUUUUAAAGUAUUUUUUGUGCCCAUUACAACUACCUAUUCAUGGGCAGUUCUCAAUGUUAUGUUUUGAUAGGUUUACGAAGCCAGGCAAAUGGGUUUAGUCGUUCCUUCAAAUACAGCCACAAAUGCUGAAACAAACUUUACCUAUGUUCCCAAACCAGUCAGACACUUAUAAAUAAUAUGUAUUUAUUAUGUACGGAAAUAAUUAAUAGAUUCAAUAAUUAUAAUAACUUACUAAUAAGAUUAAAUUAAGAGUCAAUUGCAUAUUGGUUACCACAAUUUACAAUCCUAAUUCCAACCUUAAUCCUAGCCUGAAACCUUACCUAAAUCUGAGGUUGCACUGGAUAUCAUAUCCGGCCGGAUAUUUCGAAUAUCUGGCUGGGUAUUGUGCCGGCCUUGUUUUCAGGUUCAAAAAUGAUUUGAUAUCAUUAAAAAGGUUAUGUCUAUAAUAUUUUUACUUGAAAUUAUCAGAGAGAAGCUGCCAGUAUUGUCAUGCUUGCUUGAGAAUGCCAAGAAGUGGACUUUACCCAGGGAUGCCAAAGGGGCCGGGGCAUGGUUGGCAUCCUCUCUGUCAUUUCCCAAGGGGGGCAAAGGUUUCCUUUUAAAUUUUUCCUCUGAAUUUCUCUAAAUUAUUACAAUCAUCUAUUUUUUUCUUAACUUGGGGAAAUAUUUUCUGGGAACUCAAAGAAUUUUCUAGUCUGAUACUUCCUGGUCCGAUACUUCUUCACCCCUGAUAAAGACAUCUCGGGUCUCAAAUGUUCCAAGAUAUCGUCCCAUGCGGCUAAGCCCCCUUAUGCCACUGCGUAAAUCUGGUCCUGGGGAUGAGGAUAGGUAAGGGACCCUACAGUGUGUACUAUGCAGUUCUGUUGUCCGGAGUUACAAAAUCAAAUUGAAACCAGAUUUAAGCAAUCAAUUUUAAUCAUCAAAUUUUACUGCUAACAAAAAAUGAAUGUACGUAUUAAACUAAUGCUAAAAUAGGAAUAGAAAUGAGCUAAAAUAACCAGGCUAAAAGCUAUAUUUCACAUUGCACUACUGUCCAAGCGUUUCUCUGCCAUGUGGGGCCUUCAAGUCAAGGUCUGGUCCAAUUGCAACAAUGCCAUGUGGAUUAAUGUCGCGAUGGCUUUGCUAGAAAAUGUAGUAAACAUUCGCAUUAUUUAAGUAUUAAAAAGUAUGAAUACUGUAGUAAUAUUUAAUAUUAGUACACAAG